AUGUCCCCUCCGAAUUCUAGCUUCUCUAAAGUGUUACCGCAGUACACAUUUGUCGCUCAAAAUGUUCAAUCAGAGGCUCGAAGUCAUGCGAUGAAAGAGCACUGGAAACGACGACACCAGUGCAAACAUGAGGCAAAAUUACAUCACCGGAACCAAUCCUCUCGGACCCUGCUUCCGAGAUCAGAAUCUUCCUCUAGUGGGAAAAAUUCACCAACCGUGAGAGCGAGUAGCUCUUCGGGCUUAGAACCGGAUAGGGACGAAGCUGAGAUGGAGAACCAAGCAACUCAAUCGGGCAUUCCUUCCCAGCUGCUCAGUGGCUUGAGCCAUGCACUGUCAAGCGCAAGACCUGACCCAUUUCAAACUUGUCCAAUUCAUCUGACCGGCCAGCAUCAGAAGCUUCUCCACCACUGGAUUGGCGCCCAUGCCGCCAUGAUGUUCGAGGAUCUGGAUGUCACAGGGUUCAACCCAAUGAGAGAUGUUUGGUUCCCUUUAGACCUUUCGAAUGCUUCUUCCUUCAACUGCAUCAUGGCGCAUUCGGCUGCGCAUUUAUCUCAUUUAUACGCGGGUAUUCCCCCGUGCCGAGGAACAGGCUCUUUUGAUGCUCUCAACUAUAAGCUUGAAGCUGUCAGAAUUCUACGGCUUUGGCUGAACGAUCCUGAGAAAAAACUUAGUGAGGACGCUUUUUCUGCCGUUGUUCGGCUGCUCACAUUCGAGCGGUACUGGGGUACAGUGGAAAACUGGAAGAUUCACCGCGAUGGUCUCCAGGGAAUGAUUGAUGCCAAGGGUGGAGUACAAUCUCUUUAUAAUAACUGGCGCCUAGAACUUGUGAUCUACCUCGUCUCGCUGAUGUCACAACCAUCAUGGCUCGAACCCACCAACAAUCUUAAACAAAUCUCUCGCCCACCUUUGUCUCCUAUUUUUCAGCAGCAGAACUCAUCUGUGGAUAUUCAUCAAGUUCGCUGCCUUUGGUUAAUAUCGUUCAUCCAGGAUAUGAGGACUUUCAUGGGAUCUUUCCGCACCAGGAAGCUUUCUCCCUUCCUAUUCACCCAUGCCGCGGUAGGACUUUUACGUCGAGACUUUCAAAAUUCUCUUGAGACCCGAUUCAAAGAAUCUUGCGUCACGCCACGGGAAAGCGAACUUUUGAUAUGUUUGUUUUCCAUCAGCGUACUGGUACAAGAGUUAAUUUCCACUUUUCCAGAAGGUGACUGCACCGUGUCUGUGUACCCUACCGGACUGGACGCAUUGGAAGCUCUCCUGGCAGUAUCACAUCACAGAUGGGGGAAUUCGGUACACGAGCUGCACUCGAUUUUAUAUGGAAGUCAGACCAGCCUUUUUGAGGAGGAACCCCAAAAAAUGGAUUACGCGAUCAAUCUUGUGCAGGUCCUUCGCACAUUAAGCUUGGAAGCACGCCAGGGAGUUGAAAGAUGUCUCCUGAACCUCCUCUACCAGAUCGGGAACAACAAAGAAUCGGUUCUCAUGGAUGAUGGGUGGUCACCAGACUCACUCCUGUCGUCAAUUCACGGCCAUUAG